AUGAAUCAGAAAUCUCUCGUGUACCCGCAUACGCCGCUCAAUGUGUCAGCAGCCGAUGCUCUUUCGUAUGAGAAUUUAGCAGAUCAGCUCGUUGCUGAAACUCUUCGUACUCACGACGAAUAUGUAGCCCAAGGACGUCUCGUAGACCAAAGUCGAUGGAAAGCUGUCAAAGAAAAACAUAACAUGACUGCGUACAGAAUUCGAGAACGUGUGUCUAGAUUUCGGCGAAAUCGCUUUCCAAGUGACGAGACAGAAGCCGUUGCGACUUCUCCUCGAUUACCGUCGUUUUACCAUAUUACAGAUCAAGAGACGAACGAGGCAUUGGUCGAGUCGUAUCCGAGCGUCACAAUCACGGAAGCUGGCUCGGAUGAUGAAAUUCAAGAUGAAUGGAAAUAUGGAGACGAAGUCGAACAUGACGUGGUAGACAAGUCUCGACCAGCACGUGUUCCAAUGGUCUUCUGCACCGGCAUCGUGCCUGGUACUAUCGAAGACGCAGCAUUAGCCUUCUUUGCUGACACGGAGAAUCGAAGUCGCAUGCGGAAUGUCAGCUCAAAGGAGGCGUCCGUGGACGACAUGCGAAUCCUCGCACGCUUUCAAGGACCGAGUGAAGACGAUCCAUUUCGGUUUCUAGGAAUUAAGUGGUGUUUACAUGCUCCGCGAGGGAUUAUCAAACCUCGAGACUAUGUCAUUCUUGAAUCCACGGGUAUGGCACUGGACUCAGAUGGUAAACGGUUCGCUUACGUCUUAAAUCACUCGGUCGAGGGAGAAAAUGUACCGGACUUUCGUGCGUUCGGAAUCGUACGCAUUUUAUUCUCUGCAUGCCAUAUCAUGCGUCCACACGACGCGGAGGGAUCAAUCGAGGUUUUCAGUCGUGGUUUCAUGGACACGCGUGGGUACAUUGCCGAGCGACUAAGUACGUACAUCUUUUGCGACAGACUCAUGACAGUACCUCAAACGAUAGCAGAAGCGUACACAAAAAAGUUAGUAUGGCUAUUAACUACACAGCGUCGAGCAGAUACAACUUUGCGUCUGGCUCCGUUGGAUGUUAACAAAACUUGUCCAUGUUGCCUCCAAAAGUUGACGAAGGGGUUCGCUAAACUCUUGGACGGUACCUGCAUGUGCCAGCUCUGUAGAAAAACCAUAUGCCGCAAAUGUACGGUGAAGAAAGCCAUACCCAUUGUGACCGAUCGGUCCGGACACUUGACACAAAAGACAAUGGAUUUCUGUCUAAGCUGCUUUUUAAAAGCUACCAGCCUUCCAGCAUGGCAAGUAGCAAUGAGCACUACACUCAUGUCUUCUGAAGAAGACUUGAUACUUCAAAUUCCCUAA